AUGGACUCGUUAUCGAAGAAGAUUCAGAAUCUAGGCAUGCACGACAUUAGAAACGCCGCAAGGUUCGCCCAAAACGUGAUUGUACAAUACGAACCCUACCAGGUAGACAUCCGUCGUGCCACCAACACCGAUGCCUGGGGCCCCACGCCAAAGCAUCUGGCCAAAGUCCUAAGAAACAGGUACCAGGUACCGCUAUACUUGAUGACCGAAUACACCCUGAAAAGACUGGUAGACCAUAUCGCCACGAGACCCAAGAAUCUGUACGAAAAGGCAAGAAAGGACUACGUCAACUACGGAUCUGAAUGGAGGGUGGUCUUGAAAUGUCUGGUAGUCGUCGAGUUCUUGUUACUGAACGUCGACACCGGCGACGAACUAAAUCAAAUUAGAUCUUGUUUACUCACCCACAAACACAUACUGACUAGAGAAAUUGCCCAAUUCAAGUUGAAGUUCUCGAACGAUGGUAAGAUGGAAGUUCACGAAAGAGGGAUUAGGAAAAAGGGUGAAUUGAUCUUGCAGUACUUGGAAGACCCUCAAUUUUUGAAAAAGGAAAGAGCCAAGAAUAAGAAGAACGCCUUGAAGAUCCGACAGCAAGGGGAAUCCUCCAUUUACAACGCCAACCAAAUCUCCUCUUCCGCCAACUACGAUAGCGUGGACGAUGAAGGGUUUGGGCCGGACGCUGAUGGGUCCGACGAUGAAGUAGACGCCAACAACGUCACUAACUUCAACGUCCCCGUGGAAACAGAAGCGGGCUCGAGCACUCGCAGGCGUUCUCACAUGGACGAACAAAGAAGACAAAGAAGAGAAAUCCUCAGAGAACAGAUCAAAAACAAAGAACAGCAAAGGAAAAGAAAACAACAGCAAGAUAACAUACCUGAUCUGAUCGACUUCGAUGAUUCGACCACCACAAACAGCAAUCACAACACAAAUGACGACGACGAAGACGAAGACGACGAAUUCGGCGAUUUCCAGAGCGAAACAAGUCCCGAUACAACAGCGCCCAGAACAACCGGAGGACAAAUCGAUGACCUGCUAGACUGGGACGGUCCAAAAUCAAGCGCGGAUAUCACUGCCGCCACAGAAACGUCACUGCCUAUUGUCGAAAAUACGCAACCAAAAGCCCGCCCUCAAGCUACAAAGGACAAGACCAAAGGCAACGACGCCUUUUCCGACCUUUUCUCUUACUCCAAGUCAUUGGUCUAG